UCAGGAAGUUAUCUUGAGGAAACAACAGUGCGUGUCAAAGAAAUAUCUCUGAUUGCAUAAGUACGCCGUCGGAGUUGGGAUUCAUAAGUUUUAAUAUGGCGUUCGCCCAAUUAUUUUCAUUCGUGAUUUUCAUUGAGAUUGUUUCCAUAUGCACUCAAGACGUUUUCGAAAACACUCCGAUACUACAAAGUGCGGCAUCGUGUUUCGGUUUAGAAAACGACCAUACACGAUGGAUGCGGGCUACCUGUUCAUCCCAAGACCUCGUCAUUCUUAUUGAAUCCUUUACCGUCGUUUUCCACCCCGUUGUCAUGAACUGUACCAACAACACCGUCAUUUAUGAAGAAUAUAGGCAAUCCUGUUGUUUGAAAGAGAGUGUGAACAGCUCAAGGGAUUGUACAGUUACACACCAGUUCGACACGAAAUAUUCCGUCGCCAAUUAUCAGACAUGUAAUGGGCAUUCUUCGUGUAAUGUCAUGGCCCCACAGCUGCUGGUGCGGAACUCUAACUGUCCAUAUGAUAUCUACGAGCCGACACCUCAUGACAUUGUCUCAAACUUUAUGUACAUGAAUUACUACUGUCUUGAAAGGUCACUGAUUUUACCGGACAGCACCGGAAGCCUGACGACGCCUUCGCCAGACAGUGUUAUCUACCUCCAGAGUCCUGGCUUUAAUAGUUACAAUCAGAGGAUUCCGUAUAAGAAAGACAGCGAAUGUUCGGUCCAAACAGGCAGCUGCAAUUCAGAGAUAUAUAUUUACGUUCUGCAUCGUGUCUUAGAAGACAGCGACACUUCAGAGUGGAAUGAUAUUCCUUGCAACCAGACGUUGAAAAUAGAAAACUCUAGUGGAGAUGUGCUUCAUAAAUGGACGUGUGAUGACAAUACCAAUCUGCAAAAGGGACAUCUCACAAUUACUGCAAACUACAUUCGGCUUAAACUUGAUAACAAUUAUACAAGUCCAAACGAUUGGGAUCAAUCCCGCGGAGGAGCGUAUUGGUUAGGAUUCGAAUCUUCAGACAAAACAGGAAAUGUAACAAUUAACUGCCCUGCAACCGAACCACCUCUCUGUAUUGAUACAACGACCACAGUUAUGACUACAUCAACUGACACGUCUUCUACAUUUUCAACGACAUCAGCACGGGAAAACACUACGGCGACAACAGACUCCAACCCUCCACCUUCAAAUACUACUACAGACAGCACACAACCCACUCCAAUUGUAGCUGUAACUUCUUCUCCGCGAGCGAUUCCAAUGGUCGCAGUUAUUGCUCUUCCGAGUGGGCUUUCGAUUUUCGUCAUUGUCGUCGUUGUUAUUGCAGCACGCCUCAUACGCUCACGACGUCGAAAUGCUGGUGAAAGUAAGAUAGUGGUUCCUUCGGACGAGUUGAAUAACAACCCUUAUGACUAUAUAACAAAUUUACAUCUGAGCGAUUCCUAUGUUGAUGCUGUUAGGAUUGCAAGACAGUGUAAUAACAGGGCGGUCGCUAAUGAGUACUCAAAUAAAGAACUAUCAUCCUCGAUUAGCAACGGUAGUUCCGGCGAUGACCAGUAUAUGCGUCCUUUGCCCAUCGCGAACGACCAGAAAGACAAUACCUACGACAAUAAUAUCCCUGAAGGAAUCGGACGGUGCAAUUCACAAGACAGCGGCAUAAUACCAUGAACGCAGAGAUAUUGGCCCGAUGCAAAUGUAAAAAAUGGAGCAAAAAUUGUUACUGUCUACCAUAUAUUUAAUUAAGUUGUUUUCUUACCAAACAAAAUACAUGAGCUAUUUUUAAUGAGUGUUAAUAUAUAUAUAGUUAGUUGUUUUGUUUUCUUGACAAGUCGGAUGAAAUAGCAAAUUUCCUUUCCAAACUUGAGGUCAUUUGUUCAACAAGCUGCAAUAUUUUUUUUACAAUUUGUUUAUUAUACUUUGAAAAUAUACUUACAUAACGAAAUGAAAACAUAUAAAAGCGUUAUUAACCGAUCUCUCUUUUUGUUGAAGUGUUUAAAAUUAAGAGAUUGUAUUGUCUUUAUGUUAUACAGUUAUAAGAUAUAAAUGUGUACAUUUUAACACAUGACUCUUUUUUUUUUAAACGAACUGUCUUAGUUUUAAUUAGAAACAUUUUGUUUUUGUUUGUACAUAUAACAUGCAUGUUAUGUAAACAGAUGUCGUAUAUUUGUAAAGAAGUUUUAUCAGACAAUGACAUUGUAAUAGCAUAUGCUUUUGCAUGGAAAAAUCGCUUGCCGUCAUCUUAAAGUUGUGUAACAAAUUGUAUUUCCAAACCCCUGGUUAAGACAAACUUCAGCGAAACCCAUAGAUUAUAACAGAUUUUUAACUUUAAUUGCCCAAUUGUUUUUAUAGGUAAUCCGGGUUUGCUCUUUACAGUUUAUUUGUUGAAUGUACUGUUGGAAUACAUUGCUGUUUAGAAAUAAAAAAGAAACAAACACGUGA